GGCACAGGGUGAAUGGCGGGGACAAAGAUUCCAGCCUGGAUUCGGGAGCUCCCAUCGGCUCUUCAGCGCCCUCCAAUGUCCACUUCUUCCUCCCACACACACUCUCCGCAAAUCCCCUCCAGUUCUCGUUAACUACACGCCAUCCAUCGAUUCAUCGUCUUCUAUCCUCACACUCACCCCACUUCUACUUCGAAUCUCCAAUACAAACAGAGGGCCUCGUUAUUACUGUCGUUAUCGGAGUCUAGGCCAUGCAGGACUUUUGGCUCGCUUUACUCACUCUGAUCUACCUGGUCAAUCAGCAGGAGAAGACCAUCCGCACCACCCACGUCCUCCCCGAAUUCGACGAAGAUGCCUUCGAGCUCGAAAUGCUCGCAUACCUGGAGGAAUCCCAGACCCGGCGCCAGACCGCGACGCGUCAGGCCCGUCAAGCCGUCGGACUAACCUUUAACCUGUUCCCCGCGACCGAUACCCAAUUCCCCGACCCUCCCAUCAACCCCACUGGUGGAUUCGAGACCCUGGGAGCCGCCGAGGAGUAUAUCCGUCGAUAUGCCCGAGAUCGGUGGUUUGGCAUCUCCCGCCAGAGGAGCAAUGUAGACAAACGCAACGUGGUCCGGAAGGUGUUUGUGCAGUGCAACCGGGCGGGGACGUGUUUCUCAAAAGCGCAGAGGAGAAAAUCCGCGUCACGAAAAAGCAACUGCCCGUGGAAAGUCAUUAUCAAGCGAGUAGAUGCUGGUUCAUCUCUAGUAACUGCUUGACCCAUAACCACGAAAUGAGCGAACCCAUCGCCCAUAAUUGCCAUCGAACUCGCGGAGUCGAAAUCCAGACGAAAGUGUUCGACAUGAGCCAAGCGGGCUUGUCACCCAAGGAGAUUUGCGCAGCACUAUCACAGGAGAAAACUUCCAAUGGAGAACCUAUUCUCAUCCGUCCGCGGGAUGUGUACAACAUUCGAGCCAAG